AUGCGCUCCGAGAUCUCGCCUCGGCCCCUCCGCUCGGCCAUGCGGAAGCCUGCCGCCUCGGCUACAUCCUCUUCCCCGGCGAUCGCGACCGGUUCUGAUGUAUUGCCGCAAGGGAUCAACUGCAGGAAGAGGACAACGCAAGCCGCUGAUCGACAAGAAGAUGAUCAGGCCGUCAGCGCCAAGAAGACGCCAACCCCGGUAAAGAAGCGCAUCGCGUCGGUGAAUGCAUCUCCCGGGCCGAAGACCUCUGCAAAGGACGUGGCCAAGACCACUUCAACUGCUCAAGUGACGCUGAACCCGGUUCUGCCGCCCGUCCCGGAGCCCAAGGUCCCGAAAAAGUCGCCCUCUGAACUUUCGAUAUUGGCGCAACUCGGCGCCAGUUCAACGAAAGGAAAUACGGCUACUGCCACCGCCCCGACUGCUUCAUCGACCCUUCUCAACGUGACGCUCGGCAACGUGGGGAAUCAGCGUCCGAUGCUGCGCACCGUCAAGAAUGAGCCAGUUGAUGAUGUGGUUGCCCCGCCGCCGGCUGUACCGAUUGCUGUCGUGGCGCCACCCGCACCGGUUCCGGUUGCCGUGCCUGUAGCCGCUCCUGUGGCCGCUCCUGUAGCCGCCGCUCCACUGGCCGAAGAGCAAGAUGAGAAUCGACCUAUCUUGGCGCCACUUCCUGCUGCUAUGGCCAACGAAUCGGAAGAAGACAUGAGGGCGAAAGUGGCGUCCCUACAAAAGCGGCUGGCUAAAGCCCUCGAAGCUCGACGUGUACAGAUCGCCGUCACAGCCAAGGUCCGAGGAGAAAAUGCGCAACUCGUUCGACAGCUCGCCGCGCUGGAGGGCAGCAAUGCAAAGGUGCUCGAGCACGCGUGUCGGCUGAGUAUGGAGAAUAUGGAGCUGCGCGAGCAGCUGAAGCGCCACAAUGACACGCGCGACAAUAAU